AUGAAGCUUGGAUGGGACUUAAAGGUUGGUCUGAACAGGCGGCUAUCUUCAUGGAAGAAUUCCGAAGACCCUUCACCUGGAGACCUAACUUUAGGCAUAGAACUUCAUGAAUAUCCUGAGGGAGUCAUCCGGAAGGGCUCAACAAAGUACUUUCGAACUGGCCCCUGGAAUGGCAUUCGAAUUAGUGGCACACCUAACUUAAAGUCCAAUUCCUUGUAUUCAUUAAAUUUUAUCUCUAAUGAGGAGGAGGUGUACUACACCUAUCAGUUCUAUAAUGAAUCUAUAAUCGGAAGCCUUGUUUUGAACCAAACCACCUCCUUGGUGGAGCGCCAUAUAUGGUUGGAAGCUGAACAGAUCUGGAAGACUGUUUCAUCAAGACCGCAAGACUAUUGUGACGAUUAUGGUGCUUGUGGCGCCAACGGAUUAUGCAACAUCCUUGCCACACCUGUUUGCCAAUGUUUGAUAGGAUUCAAGCCAAAAUCACCGGACAGAUGGAAGUCGAUUGACACGUCACAGGGAUGCAUACGCAAUAAGCCUUUGGACUGCAAAAGUACGGAAGGCUUUAAUAAAUUUGUAAACUUAAAAUUGCCAGAUACUACUAAUAGUUGGUUCCCCACUGACGGAGGCGAUCUAUAUAUAAGAAUGUCUGCUUCAAGCUUAGAAGGGACAAAGAAUGGGACUACAGGGAAGUCGGAUCCUGGAGAGGCAAAAGAUGGUACCAAAUGGAUCAUACCAGUUACUGUUGUAGCCCCAUUGCA